AUCGAUCCUCACAAUUUCCUUUUUCUUUUAUAUUUAUCCCUACCGUUAGGGAUUAUUCAUGGAACGAUAUUCGACUAUUACUUAUCCUGCAGUGGUUGGAGGCGGCGAGUUUCGUUUUAAUCUCGUUGUUCGAAUUAUUAGAAGUAAUGAGUGUUACUAAAGUUUCUGAUAGACUAUCAGAUCUGGGUGAAGGCCCUCAUUGGGAUGUGAACUCACAACGUUUGUAUCACGUGGAUGCUUUUGUGGGAGAGGUCUGCAGACUGGACCCUGUCACUGGCAUAACUGAAAGCGUUGAUCUAGAUGGCAUUGUUACUUUUGUGAUUCCCUUUCGGUCUGAUCCUUCCAACUUGUUGAUCACCCUGACUCAAGAGGUGAGAAAACUCAACUUCGGUACAGGGGAGUCAGAAGUAUUAACUCAACUCAGCCAUGACAAUCCGAAAUAUAGAUUCAACGAUGGUAAAUGUGACACCAAAGGAAGGUUGUGGACAGGUACACCAACAGAAGAAUAUUAAUUGAUUAUAACGUGGAUGAAGAUUAUAAAGAACUCGGUUAUCCAGAUGGUAUGACUAUUGAUAUUGAAGGAAAACUUUGGGUUGCCAACUAUGCAGGAGGAUGUGUUAUUCGGAUUGAUCCAGAAACAAAGACAAUCCUCAGGAGAUUCGACAUACCCGCGAAGAAUGUCACCUCUUGCUGCUUCGGUGGUCCACAUUUUGAUAUUCUUUAUGUCACCACAGCAAAAUCUGCAGAAGACGAGGGAAACUAUCCAGAUGCUGGAGCUGUGUUUGCUAUCACUGCCCAUGGCACCAGGGGUCAACCACCCAACCACUUUAGCACCUAAUAUUUGCUCAAUGUAAAUUUAAUACAUGAAUAAAAUGUAAUUUAUUUCAUUAAA